AUGCCACGCUUGAGUAGCCUUUGCGCUCUCAGCUCCGCCCUAUUGGCAGCAAGUGCGCAAUGUGCCCCAGAAGUUCGCAGACUAGAAAAUGCGAACUAUGUCUUCAACGCCAUCCACAGCUCCAUGCGCCAAUGGGGCUCCUCGUUGAGUCCAGGCCACAACGGCAUGUCCUUCUUUAUCGCCACACUUCCCAAAGGACAGCAGCUCUAUCACGGGACCGGCCGCGUCGAGCGCAUCAACGACACGGAAUGGUUGGCCUUCGAGCCCGAGCAUGCUCUCCACUUUGCUCGCUCACGUCGAGCACCGCCGCCUGGGAGAGGCGGACCGCCAGGACACGAAGGCGAACCUUGGCAUCCUCCGCAGGAAAUGGACGACGAAUACCCACAUUGGCAUUCCGCACCUCCAAAGCACGAUCUGAAGGCCCGACAUAUACCUGGCGAUCGUCCCCUUACCCAUACGGCCGCUCAAAGGGCGAGAGCCGAUUCAAAAGCCCACCGAGAACCAUUGCUCGAUUCCGAGCUUCCACCAGACGGCGACCUAUCUGGGUACCUGCACACAUAUCGUGCAAAGCAUGAUAUUCGUCUUUUGUAUUUAGAUGGACAAUCGGCUGCCAAGUCGGAUCUGGGUACCCUCGACUCACAAGACGUAGUGCUCCUGCACGGAAGCCCACCUCCUCGGGAAGACAGACCAAAGCACGCACGAGCCAAGAUCUUUGGACCACCAAAAGGCGACGAAAAGCGCGGCCCUAUGAACGAGGCCUACCGCGCCGCCAAGCUGUGCGAAAUGGCUCAAAAGCAAUGGCAAGGGAAGGUCGACGGAUUUCUUCGAAUGGAACUAGGCUUCGAGAUCAUCCUCUGCUCCUUUAAAGAUCAUCUAGAAGUCGAACGUAUCACUAGAACACAAAAUGGUGGCGGCCGCGGCGGCUUCGGUCCAGGUUGUGGCCAUGACAUUUCCGCCUUGAACUACUACCAAGCUGUGGCCUCACGUUUUGACGGCAUAGGUGGCGAUCGCGUGCGCGUGGACUACGAAAAGUUCGUGACACUCUUCACCUACCCUCAAGCACACUACUUCAAUGACCGCGGCCUGCCUCGCGCCGUCAACGAGUCAAAGGCCAUUGUUCCGGUCCUGGAUGCCGUCACCGACAUGAUCCUCGACGAGAACGAAGACCCCACAACCAACUGGCAAGCAGUGACAGAUCUGGUGGUGUCCCGCUACUCCGACCGAAUCGAGCGUAUAACAUCCGGAUCCAUUCCCUCCUCCAUCUCAGACCUCCGAAAACUAUUAGAAGCCGCCUUGCGACCAUUCAUCGACUACAGUGCACGCAACGCCACCCUCGAAACUUUCCCCUCUCACGCAAUCAUGUCGGUCACAUCAACCCUCUGCUCUCGAUUCCUCUUGGCGAGCGAACAGGACAAUCUCGAACAUGCGAUUUCCAUGAUUCAGGAGCUCAAAGAUUGGCUCGGCUGGUCGACCUGGAAAAGGUGUAGAGGAUGCGAGGUAGAUGAAGUGUGCUUUGUGCCGAUUUGGCCCAUGGGUGGUAAAGAGGAUAUGGAGAAUCCGAGAUGUAUCUCCAACGCGAGCGAAGUCGGAAGCGGAUAUUGGGGAGGACAUUUUGGAGGACCACCGCCUCCGCCAUUUUGA